AGAGCACAGAGCCUGACAGAGCCGGAGCGUGUUCAGCUGAACUGAAUGUGUUUUUAACCGCAAAAGAAAUAUUUUAAGCGUGUAUCAUUUUCUCGAGUGACCCAUUGACUGCGAAUGCAUUUUUUUAUUUUUCGUGGCUCUUUUUUUUCAUUGAAAUCCAGUACGCGGUCCGUGAUUGUCAUAAAGUUGAUUAAAAACACUGAAGAAUCUUGAUACACAGAUGGAUUUACAAUACAAAACAAUUCAUCCUAUGAAAUAUUUACAAGAUCAUCUCGAACAAGGUGUUCGGGCGGAUGGUAGAAAAUUUCUCUCGUUUCGGCCAGUAAGCAUAAAUGUCUCGUCUAUUAUUCAGGCAGACAGUUCAGCGUUAUUCAAAUUAGGUGACACAUCUGUGGUUUGCGGUAUUAAGGCUGAAUUAGCGACACCGAAAGCAGAUACUCCAGAUCAUGGCUACAUUGUACCAAACGUAGAAUUGUCUCCUCUGUGUUCCUCAAAGUUUCGUCCAGGCCCACCAAGUGAACAGGCUCAGGUGCUCUCCAAGUUGAUAAAUAUCAUUUUAAGUAAUUCGGCGGCACUCGAUUUGAAAGAUCUUUGCAUCUGUAGAAGUAAAUUAGUAUGGGUCUUGUAUUGUGAUAUCUUGUGCCUAAAUUACAAUGGCUCGGUUAUAGAUGCUUGCACUGGAGCGAUGAUCGCUGCUCUUAAAACGUUGACCCUACCUGAGGUAAAUUACAACAAGGAAACAGGAGUAACUGUCGUACAUCCGAAAAACAGGAAAGCGUUUACUGUGAGAACGUUGCCAGUUUCUACGUCAUUUGCAGUAUUUGAAAAACAAUUGUUAAUAGCUGAUCCUAUGGAUGACGAGGAGGAUUUAUCAUCAGGAAGAUUUUCUAUUGUGAUGGACGAUGAAGAAAAGAUUUGCUAUGUACAUAAACCUGGUGGAAUUCCAAUCUCUCAGAAUUUACUUUCCAAAGGAUUGGAAAUGGCAAAAACGAGAGCGAAAUCAAUCAGAUCGGUGAUCAAUGCUUCUAUAUCGACACUAAAUGUAAAAAGUAUGGAAAUAAAUACUUGAAUUAUUUUUUUUAAGAAAUAAAAUUAUUUGUAAUACA